GCCGGGCCCUCCUCCUCCUCCUCCUCCUCCCACUCCCACUCCCACUCCGGCUGCUGCUGCUGCUGAGCUGCUGCUGCCGCGGCGGUGGUGGUGGCGGUAGCGGUGGCUGCGGGCGAUCGGGGCCCGGGCCGGGCUGUGGCGGUGCGGCGAGGCCGGGGCGAUCGGGGCCCGGCGGCGGCCUCCUCCUCCUCCUGCUCCCCGUCCCCGCUCUCCGGGCACCGGGACAGCGGCUGCCUGGGCUGCUUCUGCCUGGGAGGCGCCGGCAUGAAGGGCAAGGAGGAGCCGGAGAAGGAGAGCGGAGGCGGCGGCGGCGGUGCGGGGCUGCCGGGCGGGGGCGGCGGCGGAGGGGGCGGCCCCAGCCUGGGCCUCGGCCUGGGCGGCGGCAGCCCGGAGAAGAGCCGCAGCGCCCAGGAGUACAAGGAGCAGGGCAACCGGCUCUUCGUCAGCCGCAAGUACCCGGAGGCCGCCGCCUGCUACGGCCGGGCCAUCGUGAGUCUGGCCGCCGACUGGGGGAACCGGAACCCCCUGGUAGCCGUUUAUUAUACCAACCGCGCCUUAUGUUACCUGAAGAUGCAGCAACACGACAAAGCUCUGGCCGACUGUAAGCACGCCCUGGAGCUGGACAGCCAGUCGGUGAAGGCCCACUUCUUUCUUGGCCAGUGCCAGAUGGAGAUGGAGAACUACGACGAGGCCAUUGCCAACCUUCAGAGAGCCUACAACUUAGCCAAGGAGCAGCGGCUGAACUUUGGGGACGACAUUCCAAGUGCCCUGCGGAUCGCCAAGAAGAAGCGUUGGAACAACAUUGAGGAGAAGCGGAUCAACCAGGAGAACGAGUUGCACGCCUAUCUAACCAAACUCAUCAUGGCGGAGAAAGAGAGGGAGUUGGAUGAAUGUCAGCGGGUGCAGGAAGAAGAGAACGUGGAUGAAAGUCGGAGCCGGGCACAGCUGGCCAGCAUUGAAGCCAAACACGAAAAGUACCUAGCAGACAUGGAUGAGCUGUUCUCCCAGGUGGACGAGAAGCGGAAGAAACGAGACAUCCCUGACUACCUGUGUGGGAAGAUCAGCUUUGAACUUAUGAGAGAGCCCUGCAUCACGCCCAGUGGGAUCACCUACGACAGGAAGGACAUAGAAGAGCAUCUCCAGCGUGUCGGCCACUUCGACCCGGUGACUCGGAGCCCCCUGACCCAGGACCAGCUGAUCCCAAACCUUGCCAUGAAAGAGGUGAUAGAUGCCUUCAUAUCAGAAAACGGCUGGGUAGAAGAUUACUGAUACCCAAGCGGCGCGGCCAGGCCCUGCCUGCGGCAGCCAAGACACACUCCGGACUGCUCCGAGUUCGCUGGGCCCGCACCAUGCCUUACUCACUCUCUGUCUGCGUCUCUCCCCGCGCUCUCCCCGCUCUGGAUGGCCAGAGCUGCAUUGGCUGUGGGAGCUGGCAUGGCCCCUCCCCUUGGGCAGUUCUCCGACACGGUGGGCCGAAGCGAGACCUCGGCUCUGGCUUCGAGACGGCGAGGAGAGGCCGGCUCCGUCGGCGGAAGCGGGCCUCGGCUCCAGCACGUCUCCUGCACUCCGUGAGGCGGGGCGGCCUCCGGCACCCACCUCGACUCGCGAAGGACGAUACUCCGGCACGGAAACCACGCCCGGCUCUCCAGAGAUCGCCUCGGUUUCCCUUGGCACACGCGCCUCCCUCCCGGAACCGUGCCGCUGACAGAAGGCCCGGUCGGUCUCCACGAUGAGCCCACAUCCAGCAAGGUCACCCCCCGCCCGCCCCCCGGCUUGGCUUUGAGCUGUCAUUUCUGGCCCACUCUCUGUACAAAGUUUUCCGUUUCCUCGUUGCAGAUUCCUGUCUGUCCGGGAUAAGCUGUUUUUUUGUCUGUUUUCUUUGUAUAUACAUAGCCACUUAUUUCAGGGUUUGGGGAAGGGGGCUAAUAGAAAUAAUUGCAUUUCUAUGUGAUUCUUACAUAGAAAUAAUAAUUAUUAUACAGACGUUGACCGGAUUUUGGGUUUGUUCAGGGUUAAUGGUUUCCCCUGGUAGGGGCUGGGGCGCGAGUAACCCCCUCUCCCCCCGCUCCUGCCAGGUAGCUGUUUCCUGGGCAACUGCUCAUUGAAAGUUCAUAAUUUUGUUUUAAUUAAAUCCCCCCCCCUUUAAUAACGAC